CUACUCUGGAAAACUUCCUCCUGACCAACACCCUCCAAAGGGCCAUCUCCACUGCAGACUCUCCCCAUCUUGAAUGUGUUCUCCUGCUUCCCGCCUGGUGCUGUGUCUCCCUCUCCCCGGAACUGUCACAGGCAAUAUCAAUGCAGAACACCACGUCAUCCUCUGACUUCAUCCUCCUGGGGCUUCUGGUAAACAGUGAGGCUGUGGGGGUUGUGUUCACAGUGAUCUUGGCUGUUUUUGUAGUGGCUGUCACUGCAAAUUUGGUCAUGACAUUCUUGAUCCAGGUGGACUCUCGCCUCCACACCCCCAUGUACUUUCUGCUCAGUCAGCUGUCCAUCAUGGACACCCUUUUCAUCUGUACCACUGUCCCGAAGCUCCUGGCAGACAUGGCUUCUAAAGAGAAAACCAUUUCCUUUGUGGCCUGUGGCAUCCAGAUCUUCCUCUACUUGACCAUGAUUGGUUCUGAGUUCUUCCUACUGGGCCUCAUGGCUUAUGACCGCUACGUGGCUGUCUGCAACCCUUUGAGAUACCCAGUCCUGAUGGACCGCAAGAUGUGUGUGUUGCUGGCUGCUGGCGCCUGGUUUGGCGGCUCCCUGGAUGGCUUUCUGCUCACUCCCAUCACCAUGAAUGUCCCUUACUGUGGCUCCCGUAGCAUCAACCACUUCUUCUGUGAGAUCCCCGCAGUUCUCAAACUGGCCUGUGCUGACACGUUGUUGUAUGAGACUCUGAUGUACACCUGCUGUGUCCUCAUGCUGCUCAUCCCCAUCUCUAUCAUCUCCACCUCCUACUCCCUCAUCUUGUUCACCGUCCACCGCAUGCGCUCAGCUGAAGGUCGCAGAAAGGCCUUCGCCACUUGUUCCUCGCACUUGACUGUGGUGAGCAUUUUCUACGGAGCUGCCUUCUACACAUACGUGCUGCCGCAGUCGUUCCACACCCCUGAGCAGGACAAAGUGGUGUCAGCCUUCUACACCAUUGUCACACCUGUGCUCAAUCCCCUCAUCUACAGCCUCAGAAACAAGGAUGUCAUAGGGGCAUUCAAAAAGGUAUUUGCAUGUUGCUCAUCAGCUCAGAAAGUAGCAACAGGUGAUGCUUAGAGAUUCAUUGCCAAGAGGAUAGGGCUUCCUAAGAACUGCCUCCAUUUGCCCUGUUUCACUAGAGAUUAUUUGGUCAGCUCUCAACGUAUACUUACUAUUGGCAAUUAAGAUGAUUCACCCUAUCUGGAUUCUUGCUCCUAAGGGGAGCAAAGGAAAGACAUUUUACUGUUAUGUAGAGACCUUUCAGUGAAGUAUAAACUCAUUUAUUAUUAAGUUUAAUUUAUCUGUGCUUGUUUAUUUUCUCUAGGGAAGAAAAACUCCAAAUUUAGAGUUCACAGCAACCUUUCACUCUGAACUAGACCUCCUUCAUAUUUGUUCAUGUUUAAACAAUACAAAAUGAGAAAAAAAAUCUACAAAAGCUAUCAAAUAUUUAGUCAAAAAUUCUGUGAUUAGUUUUGUAGGAAUAGAGUAAAAGAAUGCCAAUGCACAAGUGGCAAAGAAGAUAAAGCACACACUUUAGUCAUGUUUUUUAUUAUAGUAUUAACCCCAUGUAACUGUAAGAUUGUUGGGAGAAGCAGUAAAGGAGAAAGGACCUACACAGUGCCU